CUGCUUCAGAAGUUCCGAAGUUUGACUGCAGCAGCCUACGCAGUUGCACAGCUGAUCUCUUCACAUAUUUAGACAUUUAGUGUAGUCAACUGCAGAGGACAAAGUUUUAUAUUAUUUUCGUGUUGCAUUAUGGAGUUGUUUGUCACGUUGAUUUUAGCGGGGUUUAUCAUGGCUUUGAUGUGGCUAUUUAGCCUGAAGAGUCGUAAACACAUCUGUUUACCUCCAGGACCGUUGGCUCUGCCAAUCAUAGGAAACCUACUGCAGAUGGACAAAAAAGCUCCAUUUAAAACUAUGCUAAAGCUCAGUGAAAGCUAUGGCCCUGUGAUGACCGUAUACCUGGGCCGUCAGCGCGUCGUGGUCCUGGUGGGGUAUGAUGCUGUAAAGGAGGCCCUGGUAGACCAAGCAGACGACUUCACUGGCAGAGCACCUGUUCCUUUGUUGAUGAAAGCUACCAAGGGCUAUGGUUUGGCGAUCAGUAAUGGAGAGCGCUGGCGGCAGUUGCGACGAUUCACCCUGACAACGCUGAGAGACUUUGGGAUGGGACGCAAGGGAAUGGAAGAGUGGAUCCAUGAGGAGAGCAAACAUCUGGUCGCACGCAUAAAUAGUGCCAAGGCCACGCCCUUUGAUCCCACCUACUUCUUGAGCUGCUCCGUGUCCAACGUGAUCUGCUGCUUGGUGUUUGGUCAACGCUUCAGCUAUGACGACGACCACUUCCUGUCCCUUCUGCAAAUAAUCUCAGACACCCUGGCAUUUGGCAGCAGUCCCUGGGGUCAGUUGUACAAUAUCUUCCCUUGGUUGAUGGAAAGGCUGCCGGGUCAACAGCACAUAAGGUUUGCCAAAAUUGAGGAGCUGAAAGAGUUUAUUAUGAAAAAGAUCCAGGAACACCAGGACACACUGGAACCCAGCUCACCCAGAGAUUACGUCGACUGCUUCCUCACGAGACUCAAACAGGAAAAGCCCAAUCCCACAACUGAGUUCAACUAUGACAAUUUGGUCUCAACAGUGUUCAAUCUGUACCUGGCAGGAACUGAAACCACCAGCUCAACGCUCAGAUUUGGACUUAGCGUGCUGAUCAAAUACCCCAAAAUACAGGAGAAGAUGCAGCAGGAGAUUGACACUGUCAUUGAACAGGAGCGUUUACCUUAUAUGGAGGACAGGAAGUCCCUACCAUUUACAGAUGCAGUCCUUCAUGAAAUUCAGCGUCUUCUGGAUAUUGUCCCCAUGAGCAUCCCUCACUACGCACUCCAGGACAUCUCUUUCAGGGGUUACACAAUUCCCAAGGCUACACUCAUAAUUCCCUUGUUGCACUCUGUGCUGAAAGAGGAAAAACAGUGGGAGACUCCCUGGUCCUUCAACCCCCAGCACUUCCUGGACCAGAAUGACAACUUCAAGAAAAAUCCUGCAUUCCUGCCAUUCUCUGCAGGAAAGAGAUCUUGUGUUGGAGAGUCCCUCGCUCGCAUGGAGAUUUUCCUUUUCCUGGUGUCCCUUCUGCAGCGUUUCACCUUUUCUUGCCCUGGGGGACCUGACAGUGUAGAUCUCAGCCCUGAGCACAGCAGCUUCGCCAAUGUUCCUCGCAGGUACCAGAUCAUUGCAACGCCCCGGUGGUAAUAGUAAAAAACGUCCAUCUAAUCUAUAGGAACCUGCUCAUUAUUGCUUUAACUAGUGUUACUAGUAUUCCCAUCAUGUUUACACGUGUCUUGUUCAGGGCCUUAAUUCAGCUACAGUAUAUUACACUUACAAUCUAUUGAGUGAAACAUCCAAGAUGCAAUUUUUGUGAUUGAAUUAAUACAUCAAAUGUAAAAAUUGUUUUCAAGAAGAUUCUCCGUUAAUAAUCUCAAAACAAUUUUAGGUUCAACCAUGGGCUAAAGCUUUAUUUUAUUUUUUUUAUUUUAUUUUUUGUGUGUGGCAUUUUUAAGCCUUUAUUUGAUACAGAUAGGACAGCUUAGAUGUGAAAGGGGAGAGAGAGGGGGAAUGACAUGCAGCAAAGGGCCGCAGGUCGGAACCGAUCCCACGGCCGCUGCUGUGAGGACUGAGCCUCUGUAUAUGGACGCACGCUCUACCAGGUGAGCAACCCAGGUGCCUGGGCUAAAGCUUUUUACCAAAGAUUUUAAAAAAGCUUUCUCACUUUAAUGUCACAAUAUAAGAAUACACUGUGCAAACAAAGUUGAUCUUCUAUCUAUAUUAGUAAUAAUCACACUUAAAACAAGAACAAGCCACAGCGUCAUACUGUAAUUAUGUGCGUUUACCAUCUUAUAAAGGGUUAUGUUCAGCGACGCAUACAAUAUCCCCCCACUUGGAUGCAGUAAAGUCCACUUUGCACUCUGUCCUCCUUACUAUCACUUUUAAUUACUGACUGUGCAUCGGCGCAUUUUUCCACCAGAGGGCACUUGUACAACAGUUAACAGCCUUUCCAACAAGUAUCAAUUGCAUUUUGUUGUCACAUCUUGAGAUCUUCCUAAAAGUGUCUUUUUGUAUUGGUUUACAGAGUUGUUUUGCGUCAUUUUGUGUUUUUUGUGUGUUCAAAAAAAGAAGAAGCAUGAAUCUCAUGAUAAAAAUAUAAAAACCAAUUGGAUACGAAUGGAUGAAUAGAAUUAUGUAUAAAGUAUAUAGCUGUAUUAAAAAAAAAAUACUGAAUGUUUUGUCCAGAUUCCAUCAAUCAUCUUGUGGCUUACUAUACAUCAACCCCAGAUUAAGACCCACUGGUUUACAGCCUGUAGCACAGCGAUGUAUAGUAGGAGUUACAUUUGUUUUUUGAUGAGUGCAAGGUGAUCGGUCCGAGCUGUGUGUCAGUCUGUCAGUGUGUUGAUGCAUGUUGCAGUGUAUCGCUGUCUUGUGUCUGAGCCGCAGACUAAAUGUCCAUGUCUGAGGCUGCAAAACCUAGAGUGUCAACAGUCCUUGAUAAGACCCAGGAACUUACACAUCAAGUACUAUAUUUGGUACUGUAUCAUAAAUUCAUAUAAUCAGUAUUUUGCUUUUAUUUUUUGCUAACUAACACAUUUAUUAAUUCUAUCUUUUUAUAAUAAAAUGUACCAGGAAAUAAACAUGAUUAAAAAUGA